AUGCCACUGAAACGACCAGAGAAGUCAGUCACCUCGAAGACCACAGUUCCUCCAACAUCUCAGAUUCCGGGUCUCGGUGACCUUGCAAAAGCUCCCCAUGAAGUGUCCUCUGGGUGCCGCAGGAAGUGGAUCAAGGAGACUGAUUCAGCUUACGUCAGGCUGGCAAAGCAAGGAGGCCAACCUGACCUACUGAAGCACUACACUCCUGCGGCCACGAAGUCCUCUCCACCAGCAUAUGUUCUGCCUGACUGGUACUCGCACUGCUCCAAUCCCCCAGCGACCAAUGAGCCACGGAGCUAUGUUUCCUCUCUACCAGAUUAUAUGGUUCACAGAGAGUUUAAGGCUGAUGACCAUCGUGGUAACAGUUAUGAGACAAGCAGAGGACCUUUUGAUUUUGAUAUGAAAAGCAUUUGGCAGCGGGAUGCCGAGGACAAAGAAAAUGCAGAGAAAAAGAAGGUAAAGCUCCCAGCUAUAAACCCUAAAUAUCCAAGCAGAAUGCCGAAUGUUUCUACAAACAAGGACUUUAGUGGGAAAAAUAAGCUUUCCUUCCCACCUGUGCCUGCUCAGAGAAAAAGCGAAGCAGUAGACUUUAGCAAAUUAAUUAGCAAUGGUUAUGGGACUGACUGGUUUCAGCAGCGUACUGCACGGGGAAAAAAGAUUCAAGAAACAUCAGAAAAUACUGAGCAGUCCAAAGAUUCAGAGCCAUCACAGUCUGAAUCAGCACCUGCAAGCAAUGAGUUGAAACCACCGUUUCAGGGAUAUACUUCUUGCAGUUACAUGCUCUACUGGCAAAAACAUAAAAGAAAGGGGAAAUAUGAGAUGAUGAUGAAACUCUCUGGAGUUAAGUUGCUUAACGGUAAGGUAACCAAACUAGAAUCAGUGGAGGAAGGGGAUACCAACGGGAUUGCUGAAGGUAAGCCAAGCGUUGACAUGGCAUCGCCUGAGGGUGCCAGUGCUAGUGGGAACAUGGACGCUACUCUCAGGAGCACGGAGGGCUUAGGAGCAUAUCCGAAAUGCUUGUACAGCAGUGGGCGCAGUAUAAGAAACAAACAGGAUGAACCGAAAGCAUUGGUCAGCUCCCAGAGCUUUGGUAUCAUUGGUGUUAGUGAGACUCCGUGGAAUGAGUCCCAUGACUGGGGUGCUGGGACGGAGGGCCACAGGCUCUUCAGGAGGGGUGGGCAGGGCAGGUGA